CGUUACGUUUCCGGAAACAAAAGUAAACAACGGGUUCCAGAAGGAAAAUGAUAUUUACUCGUCCACGCUCGUUCCGUCUCUUUGAUUUUUCAUCGUCCUUAUUUAUUAUUUAUGAAGGCAUUACAUUUCGAGAAGACAGGCCCAGUUAAACGCAAACUGAAAGCCGGUGAAACUCCCGCAGAGCUCAGGGGAAGCGGCUGCGGCAGCCGCUAAGGAGAGCUAGCUCGACAUGGCAUCUUUCUGUUUGAGUUUGUUUACAGCAUGGGAUGCUCUCACGACAACGACUUAAACACAGCUCGUCCACAUUAGAUUUAGCAAUGUUAGCCAUCAGAUCUUCAGACGAGGAGUCCACUGAGAUUGAGGAGAUGGACACCUCGGAGCCAAACUGGUGCUGGUUCUACUUGGCCGAAUGCGGAGUCUGGCACAUGUUUGAGAUCGAUCCCAGCGCAGCCUGCUCAGUGACCAGCGCUCAGAUUGAGCAGUGCUAUAACAGGAACCAGCGAGGGGUCAUGGAGUUCUACACAGCCAAAUACACCUACAGGCUGGACUUCUCAGUUAUGCGACAGAUUAACGUGACAACAGGAAAACAGAGGCCAAUUAAACGCUCCCUACACUCUGCCACUGGCUUCCGGUUUAUUUGUGAUAAUCUGGCCUUGCCUGUGCCAUGUCACUGGGAGAGAAUCAAUACAGACGAGCCCUAUCAACUUAUCCAGCUCGGCAGAGACACAUAUGAGUUUAAGGAAGUAGCCAGGCUGUACGAUAGGACGAUGGAUCAUCCAAUAAAAUCCAUCCAGAGGAUCCAGAACUUGGACUUGUGGGAGUUCUUCUGCAGGAAGAAAACACAGUUGCGAAAAGUCAAGCGAACUCUGGAUAUUGAAGAGCGAAUGCUGUUUCAUGGAACAGGACACAGCAACAUACAAGCUAUUUGUACGUUUAACUUUGACUGGCGUCUGACAGGGAGUCAUGGUGAUGUUUAUGGCAAAGGGAGCUACUUUGCCCGCGACGCCAAAUAUUCCAGUAAAUUCUGCCACACAACCGGGAAACAUAACACCACCUUGCAAAGGCACGGACUCGCUCCGCCUAUAUUUGCCAACGAGCCGCCCUAUAAAACCAUGUUCCUCGCCAGAGUGCUCGUUGGCGAAUACACAGUCGGUCAUCCCAUGUAUUGCAGGCCGCCCUCCAAGGAUGCCAGCUUCACCAACUUCUACGACAGCUGCGUGGACGACAUGGCCAACCCAAAGAUAUACGUUAUAUUUGACAGCAAUCAGAUCUACCCAGAGUAUCUGAUCGAGUUCUACUGAUGAGAAAAUAGUUGAUGAACAGUUUCGAUUUUUGGAAAUGGGAGAAGAAAACAAAGAAAAGAAAGAAAAAAAACAAAACGUCACUUCCAGUGAGUAACUGGAGCAUUGGAUUAUUAUUUUUUUCUUUAAAGUGCCUUUGGAAAUGUUUAAAAGGUGGAAAAACAAUGGCGGCUUUCUGAACACAUUGAUCAAAAGUUAAAAAUACUGACAUGUGUGCUUUGUUUUGUACUAUAUGUCACUUCGCUUCUUACACUGUCUGCACUGAGUGGCUUCAGUUUGGAGAUUUAAGGCAAUGUUCCAACUCUGACUCCUCGUCUUAUUUUUAAUCCACAGUGCCAUACAUAUGCCAAUUUAUUAUACCAAAAAUAUGUUGUGGUCUCAUCUGUUGUUAGUUUGUUACAAUGAAGGACUGUGAGUGCCUGCAUUUGUUCGCAGUAGUUUACAUACGGUCCUAUUGGCAUUAAUGUCAUGACAGUGUGUGGCUUUUAUGGUGAUUUAUGAUCGUUCUUUUUCCAGGGAAGGAGCGAUUAUACAACGUAGCACUACAAAGAAUUUAAUAAGAAUUUUUUUUUUUUCAUUUUUCCUAAUUGGCGGCUCAAAAUUAUAAACAUAGAUUUUGGAUAACUACCACUAUUAAGUUUGUAGUUUGAUGGGAGUUUGGCUGUAUCCAAACUUCAACCAUUUGGCCCAAACCUCCAUUAAGAGAGCCUGGGUUAGGAUGUUAGGUUAGGAAAUCCACUUGAAGUUUCUGAAGAAAUUCCUGGUAACACUUCACCUAAAACCUUUAGCGCACCAUGAGUCAUGUUGCCAUCCAAAGCACCUUUCUUACUGUCACUGUUAUUAUUUAAGCGUGACCUUUUGACAAAUUCUUCUCAUAAUAAGCUUCUACCUCUGUGUUAUUUAAACCAUGCAUCAGUGCACUUUUUACCCUUUCUGUGAAAGGUUUUACUCCUAACUGUGUCACUGCGACACAAACUUGUGAUGAUAUGUUUGUCUGUAGCUCCCAAGUGUAUCUUUAGAGGUUUUGACGACUGAACUUGCAUUUUUAUUUUGUUACGAAGAGUUAUCGUGGCUUAGUUCAUGUCCGUUGGAAACCAGACGAGCGUCACAUUAGAAAUGCAGUCCUGUAUGUGUGAGAUCAUCAACAGCUGUACCUGAGGAAAACAAGUCACCUUUGCACCUGGAGUACAUUUAACCUGUUAUAAAUGUCAGAACAUAACAUGCUUUGUGAAAGUAUCUGAAUGCCUUAAACUUUUCCCCAUUUGCCACAUUAUGACUAUGUAUUUUGUUUUAUUGGGAUUUUAUGUGAUAGAUUGUCCAAAUUUAACCAAUAGAAAUCUGAGCAGUGUGGCAUACAUUAGUACUCACCUUCUUGAGUCAUAACUUUGUAGUUUGCUUAAAUUAAAGUGGCAAGUCUUUUGGGUAAGGAUGUUAGGUUAGGAAAUCCACAGCUAGAGAUUAAAAUAGUCUGACCACAGUUUCCCAGUUGAAUUUGGGCCUGGAAUUUGACUGGGCUGUUAUACAUAGUUAAACUAUCCUCUUUUGGAUCUUUGUCUGAGUUUGACAUUUUUUGCCACUACUAAAAGUUUUCUUCCAGAUUAUCUUCACAUCAACCGAACAAGCCCUGCUAAAUGAAAGCUUCCACUAUUGAAAAGGUCUGUUUAGACUGAACAGUGAUGUGUUGAUUUGUGUUCCUCCUCGCAGUGCUUUGCAUAUUGGCCAAGCAGUAAAAGCACUUUGUGCUCGGUUCGUGUGUGGUGUGUUGCUCCUGGACACAGACUCCAGACUCCUCCAGACUCAUAUAAUACAUAAAACGGAAAUAUUUAAUUAUUUCUUGCGCAGCCCAGUACCAAUUGGUCCACGGACCAGUACCAGACCGCGGCCCGGGGAUUGGGAACCACUGAUAUAAUUACUCUAAACUCUCAAUAUUUGCUGAACAUUAACUGAAAAUUUAAUGAGUAAGCUUUUUGGAGACCUUGAAAGUGAAAUUAAUUUCUUGGUCUCUAUUGUGACCGGUGGGCUAAUAAAUGGGCUAAUAUUAAUAAAUUAGGUGAUUUGCUUAUGAGUUUCAAACUAAAAAUGGGGAAAGUAAAAACGCAUGCCACACUUUCCAGAAAAACUAUCCAGCAUGUUUUAUGUCCUUCCUCCUCACAAUUCAACACUACUUAGUGUCGCUCUAUCAAAUAAAGUUCCUAUAAAAUACAUAAAAGUUUGUGGCGGUAACACAAUGUGGAAUAGUUCAACCAGAAUAAGUACUUUUAGAAUGCACAGGAUGUACUGAAAUAAGUAAUGUUGCUUAAUAAUGUAAUAUUGCUUUUGCUCUGUUAUUUGGAUGAUUGUAUCUAUUACCAGCUGGUAUAAGAACGGACCAUUUUGGCUUCUGUUAAAAAGCUGUUGCUGUAGUUCAUAACUGAUAGCUUUGAGUGUAUGAGUCGGAUUUAUUGACAACUGUAUGUUUCUGUGUGUAUGUUGCACAGCAUAAUAAAAUUUUGCAGCACAGAAUCAAAUACUUUACAGUCUGCAGCU